AUGCAGGCAAACUACGGUCCUGGGCUGCAGCCAAGCAACCACCGAACGUCUGCCCAACAACAGAAUAUCAUUCCACAACCCUCUCCCGGCUUUCUUCAGCAACGGACCCAGAACAAUUAUCCUUUUGCGACAGGACUCCUUCAGCAAGGACAAAGAGACCAACCAACACCACUUCAGCAACAUACAAAUAAUCCUCCCCAAUCACAGCAACCACUUCAGGCACAACAAGCAAACGGAAACUCCACUUCUCUAUUGCCUCAGCUACCUUCAAGCGCGACUACUCCGAGUCUCGCGGGAACAGCACCAUCGGUCUCGUCUGCCAGCGAAGUGGGGUUAGACCCAAACGAUUUCCCAGCGCUAGGGUCAACGGCGCCCACUGCUACGUCAUCGAAUAAUAAUAUAUCGAACGCAAACAACAGUGUUGUAACCAGCUAUGCGAGUCAGGCGGGGACGGGGGUGCCUCAGGGAGCGGCGGUAGUGACAGGAGUGGUGGGGAGUCAACAGCGGGAUUUCACCCCCGAUGAUUUUCCUGCACUUGGUGGACAACCACAAACCCAAAACCAGAACUCUACAUCGCAUCCACAGCCGCCGCAACAGCAGAAUCAAACUCAGGAAAACCUUUCGCAUUCUCACCCACCAGGACUUAAUGGGUUCCAACAUAGUGAUCAUUCGCAGCAACAACACCGACAAAACCUGUUAGGCUCUUUAUCAGGGGGUCAGCAACCUAAUACUCCAGGGAUGCUCAAUUUGAGUGCCAGUCAAACGCGAGGAAUUCAUACCGGCUUUCAGCAACCACCGAGUGAAGCGGAAAAACAACGGCAAAACUAUGCAUUGAAGCUUAACCAGGCGUCCCAUGCAGCUUGGAACUCACCUAAUCCAAGCGCUCAGGGUCAAGCGGCAACUGGGAAUCCAUUUUCUAACUCAUCAUCGGCAACGGCAACAGCGCUUCAACAAAAUGGAACGCACCAGUCUCAGUCUCAGAAUCAGAGUAGUGGGCAGUCGCAAUUACAAUCGCAGCCACACUUAAAUGCACCUCCGGGCGUACCACCUCCGUCUGGUUCUUUUGGCGCUCAACAGCACCAACAUCAACCAUCAUCGGGGAUGCUAGGCACAAACGCAGCAACGGCGGGUGCAGGUACAGGAGUUACAUCAGCUUCAGCCCCAUAUGCAUCGAACGGAGUACCGUUAACGCUAGAACACCAUCAUCCACAGACACCAGCACAGCAAGUACUGAUGAGUGCGGCCGAUCGGUGGGGACUACUGGGUCUGCUUGCGAUGAUUAAGAACGCGGGGAUUGACUCGGACGGUGGUUUGAGUAGUGUAGGCACAGAUUUGGGGACAAUGGGUUUGGAUAUGGGUUACUCUGGGAACCUGUAUUCAACUUUCAUAACUCCCUGGGCGGAUCAAUCAGCCGCACAUAGUGUUGAGCCUGAUUUCCAUCUGCCUGCAUGUUACAAUGUACAACCGCCUCCACCAGGGCCAAACAAAGCUGCGGCUUUUAGCGACGAGACACUGUUUUUCAUGUUCUAUUCUAGUCCUCGAGAUGCACUCCAAGAAGUUGCAGCUCAAGAACUAUGGAACCGGAAUUGGCGUUAUCACAAGGAACUUAGGUUCUGGAUUACCAAGGAAAGUGGGACAUCACCCUCACAGAAGGUCCAGGGAGGAGAACAAGGAACAUACACCUUCUGGGAUCCGGAGAAUUGGGGCAAGGAGCGCAAAGAAAUGACAGUUCUGUAUGCGGACCUCGAGGAGAAGAGUGUACCUGUAUUCCAGCCAGGGCCAGGCCUUGUGCUGGCCCAACAACCUCCGCAAGCGCAAGCGCAACAGGUGCAGCAGCAACAGCAGGUAGGGCGAGGGUCUUUCCAGAUGGGGCUGUAACUCCAUUGAGAAGAGACGUUGAGAGGGGAUGAAUCGCCAGUUUG